AUUGUUUGGACCCUCCAGGCCGCGGGUAGGUGCUCUGCAGCAGCUGACCCCGCUCCCCCUCCUGAACCAGCGAUCUCAGAUCAGCAGUCAGGCGCUCCUCCGUGUUUAAAGAAGAUGAGCAGGCUGGAGUAUCUGAACUCGUUCCUGACGGAGAGGUUAAUGGCGGUGGCGGGGGAGAUAUUCGAGGUGUUUAAGGACACGGUGAGCGAGUAUCAGGGGGAGAUAGCGCGGGUUGUAGAGGAGAACCGCUGCCUGAGGAAGACUAUCGCCGACAUUCACACCAGCACAGCGCAGCCGCGAGCAGACUCUCGGACCAGCAGUGUGGAUGGAGUUAAGGAGCACGGUUUCAAUACCGAGCCUCUGGACUCUGAACCUUCAGUUAUACAAGUAAAGCUGGAGCUUGCCACUCUAAAGCAGGAAUGUGAGCCACAAUCAUCUCUAAAUAAUCCGUAUACCUGCACUUCUGACCUCGAGAACAGCACUUGCAGUUCAGAACCAGCGCCAGGUCUCUCAGAUAAGCCUGUGGUCUUGGACGAAAACGAGGACCGUGGUCGGCACAGCGACCCUGGACUUUCAGUCAAAGCAGAAACAGCCAGGUACAGAGCUUUUUCCUCUGGUACCACAAGCUCGGCCGAACCGCAGACAGGUGAAGAUGUGGACCUUCAAGCUGGGGAUGAGCAAACCAAUAUGGCCUGUUCCUACUGCGGUCGAAUAUUCGAGGAGGCCUCUCAGCUGGCAUCCCACCUGCAGGGUCACAUGGUUAUGUUUAGCUGCGAGGAGUGUGGCAAGCCCUGUAAGACCAAAGGGGCUCUGCGGACACAUAUGAUAGUGCAUCAGAAAGAGAGACCCUUCAGCUGCACACUGUGCGGGAAGGCCUACAGCUGUGCCAAAGUCCUGAACGUGCACCUUAUCAGCCACACGGGCGAGAGACCCUUUGGGUGUGGGUACUGUGAAAAGCGCUUUAAGCUAAAGAGUCACCUUAAAGAGCACGAGAGGAUACACACAGGUGAGAAGCCCUUCUGCUGCCCGGUCUGCAGGAGGGGGUUCAGCAGGUCGAAUGCAAUGAAGAUACACCUUCGGACUCAUCAUCGUGACCAGUUACAGUUCUCCUUCAAUCAGUAGACAAAUGCU